CAAGAAAUCGUUUAAAAUGGCGGGAGAUGUUCUGUUAGUUGUUCGCAGUUUCUGUUAUCUUGAAUUAGAAUAAACGAAUUCCCAGUCAUUUAGCAGAGGUUAUUUUCCGUAUUUAAAUGUUUUAAAAGUGUAUAUGUAUUUGCCAAAGCUGUCAUAACUUCGCCCUGUUUUGAUGUUAUUGAUUUCCAAAAAACGCAAAGGAAAUAAGAAUGAAGAAUCAAGCCUUAUUUUAGAUAUAGUGGAAUCUGUUAAGAGCAGAAAAAAGGAGUUUGAAUAGGUUUCCCUCUUGUGAUUUUUUUUGCUGAGAUUAUUGGAAGAUAGUUUAAAAUGACUGACAGAAUCAUCGUUUUAGUGGAUAUGGAUUGUUUUUAUGUACAAGUUGAACAACGACUGCAGCCACAGUAUUUUGGGAAACCCUGUGCUGUUGUGCAAUAUAAUUCUUGGAAGAGUGGAGGAAUUAUAGCUGUGAAUUAUGAAGCUAGAGAUUUUGGAGUAAAAAGAGGCAUGAGAGGUGACAUGGCAAAACAGAAAUGUCCUGAUAUACAUUUAUUUCAAGUUCCUGAACUUCGGGGAAAGGCUGAUUUAACAAGAUAUAGAGAUGCAGGAGCAGAAGUGAUUGACGUUUUAAGUACUUUCAGUGAUUGUGUAGAAAGAGCUAGUAUCGAUGAGGCAUAUUUAGAUAUGACCAAGAUUAUAGCUUCAAAAUGUGGAGUUAAUGUUGCAGCAGAGGAGUUACCACAUACAUCUGUAGUUGGUUGGGAUAAUGGUUUAAAUCACUCUGUAGAAAAAUGGUUAGAAUCUAUUAAUGAAUGUGGAACCAUAUCUGAUAAAAAUCUUGCUAUUGCUGCUUCAAUUGUAGAAGAAAUGAGAACUGCUAUAUUUUCUAGAACUAAGUUUAAAUGUUCAGCAGGAAUUUCAUAUAAUAAAAUGUUAGCAAAAUUAGCUUGUGGAUUGCAUAAACCAAAUCAUCAAACUAUUCUUCCUCAAUCUUCUGUUAUGGAAUUAUUUAAGUCUAUUCCAAUUCACAAAUUACGAAAUCUUGGAGGAAAAUUAGGAGAUGACAUUAAAGAGAAAUUAGAAAUAGAAACAAUAUUUGAACUAUCAUUAUGUAAUGAAAAGAAAUUGAAAUCACUAUUUGGUGAUAAAACUGGAAAACUGUUAUGCAUGUGGGGUGGUACAUACUGUUGAGAACAAUUCUUUUCAUGCAUGAAAAACAUCAAAACUGCUGAAAGGAAUAGGUUGAGCGAUUCCCAUUUAACUAACAUACUAACAUUCUUACAAUUGGGACUAGUAUUAUAAAAGCAGAUGUUGACAAUAUUAUAAAAGGAAGGCAAUGUCAAAAAUCUCAUUGAA